ACAUUUGACCAUAAAUGUGUAGUCUACAGUUAUACACUUUCGCUUAACGGAAAUGAAGACACGAUGUUAACUUUUUUUAAUAAGAUAAAAGAACGGGUAGAGGCUUUUUUAAACGAGAAAAAUUUCGUCACCGACUGUCUCAAUAAGAUCGAAGAAAAAACUGGGUUCAAGAAACGCUACCUGGCGAUCGGUGUUACUGGGGCAUAUUUAUUAUUUGGAUAUGGUGCCUCUCUGCUCUGUAAUUUGAUUGGUUUUGUUUAUCCAGCAUAUUAUUCAAUCAAAGCCGUAGAAAGUCCAGAUAAAGAGGAUGAUACAAAAUGGCUGACAUAUUGGGUCGUGUACAGCUUCUUCAGUGUGGGUGAAUUCUUCUCGGACAUCUUUCUAUACUGGUUUCCUUUAUACUACGUCUGUAAGUGCUUGUUCUUACUGUGGUGCAUGGCUCCGGUAUCUUGGAAUGGCUCUCAGAUUCUGUAUAGGCAUAUGGUACGGCCGUUUUUUCUGAAGUAUGAAACUGCAGUGGACGGGAUUGUCAACAAUCUGGGCGGGAAAGCCAUGACAGUUGCUGAGAAUGCCACCAGAGAGGUUCUUCAUACUCUUGUGAGAAACAGAACUAUUGGUCCAGCCCAGUCUGAACCCAAAGGACUGCCCAGUGCAACUCCUUCUGAACCCGUUGACUGAAAGAUUUAGGGAGAAACAGAAAUGGCUGCAGGCAGGACAAAUGGGACAUGAUACAAACAUAGUGUGUUAAACACAUCAGACCCAGAAGUGCUGUAUCAACACUACUCUGUUACUGUUUCAACUCGGAGAUGUUAAAAUAAACUCACCGUGCAACAUAUCACUUAUAUAGUUAGACAUUUACAUUCUUUACUUACCAAUUUAUAUAUUUUUUUAAAAUAAUAAUAAUAAAUGUCAUUGACGAAAGCUAGUAUUUAUUCAAAAUGUUCUUGUAUUUCUUUUAAAUCACAAUUCAGCAUGAAAACAUGUUUUAUG